AUGCCGAAGAGGGGCCGACAAGUUGAACUGAUAAAUGGAACGAAGCAUAAGAUACGAGACGUGGGAUUGAGUAAACCAGCUCGAGCCGGAUAUUCACAUGCAGCACGCCGUGGAGUUUCACCAGAAAUUCAAAGCGUUCAGGGGGGGAGAAUCCGCCUCGGUAGUGUCGCUCCGUUGCUAUCACGUCGAGCCAAAGCUCUUGCUAUGAAGGACCAUUACAACCAUUAUUCGGAUGACGAGGUGUAUGAUUCGGAUAACAGUGAUGAGGAUAGUUUCUCAGAAGACGACUACGAUGAAGAACUUUACGAUUACAAUCGGCAUCAUCGAUCUUACGAUCGUCGUCGUACUCCUUUCCACUUUAUGACAGCCUGUGAAGACUAUGAGGACGAACUAACUCCAUCACCAUCAUUUCCGAUCUCUACUUCGCAACUUUUUGAUACACGACGCCUGCCGAAAUCAUACCAAACACGUAAAUCCGCUGUUGUGACCUCAGUCCCUCCUGCAACUAAAUCACUCUCAACUGCCAAGGUCAAGAAAAAUACUGCUGGAUUUAACCCGAAAGAUAGAAAUAAAAAAUAA